AUGGGAGAUUCCUCAGACGAGUCGGGAUCUGUCGCAUGUUCACAGACUGAAAAUGUGCGCGUCUUGCUUCCAAAUCCAAGUAUGAUCUGCUGUCCAGUGUCAUUGAACGAACAUUGCCACAUAACCAACCGCUGCGGUGCAGCUUCAUUUACAUUCGAACAGAGUAUCGCAGACGAGAAUAGUGAGACAUAUGAGUGA